ACUCUCUGCGGACUCUGGACUCUCGGCUCCAUGCUGCAGACCUGAACCUGACCACAGCUGAGCGCCUCAGUGGUGAUGCCUCCUGCCCGUCCACGCCUCGCUCCGCCUCCCCUGCCCUCCGUCCGCCCGCCUCGCCUGGCAGCCUCCACAGUGACGGAGUCCCUGAUGAUGAGUGGAGUGAACAGAGUCGGGCUCUGAGACCUCCGAGGAAGAAGAAGCGGGGACGGCCGCCGCUUGCUGUCACAAACAAACGGAAGAAGUCAACACCGGCGCAGAGCUUCGUCUGUCACGUGUGUGGACGCUCUCUGCAGGGGAAGGGCUUCCUGCUCAAACAUGUCCUGCAGGUCUGUGCCAACAACCCCGACUGCUGCUGCGGCUUCUGCGGUGAGCAUUUGGACACAGCCGGUGAGCUGGCGGUUCACCUGCAGACACACCAGGAGAACAGUAAGACCUGCUCCUUCUGCGGGAAAACCUUCCAGUCCAUCCUGGCACAGGAGCUGCACGUGCGCCUGCACACCGGAGAGAAACCGUACAGCUGCGACGUCUGCGGCAAGAAGUUCAGCCAGAAGGGCAACCUGACGUCGCACAUACGCGUCCACGCUGCUGAGAAACCCUUUAAAUGUAAACAGUGCAGCCGCGCCUUCUGCCACAGGACAUCUUUGGAGCGCCACGUGAGGGAGCACACUGGAGAGGAGGUGCACACCUGCAGCGUCUGCGCUCAGGAGUUCAGCAAGCUGCGCAGCCUGCGGCGACACAUGGCCACUCAUCAGAAAGAUGCCAGCAACAAAUCGAGACGACAGCGCAGCUCGCCGCCAGCGUCCCACUGUAGAGUAUGCGGUGAUGUCUUCACCAAGAGGACCUUACUGGUGAGACACGUGGAGACUCACCUGCAUGACCCAGAGGGCCGCUGUGGACUCUGCGGACACCAGUACGAGUCCACUGCCAGCCUUGCCGCCCACCUGCACUCCCACCGUGAGAUCUUCAACAGCUGCCAGGUGUGUGGGAAGUGCUUCCCCGCGCAAGCGGCACUGCUGAUGCACAUGAGGAUUCACACAGGAGAGAAACCGUACUCCUGCAGCUUCUGCGGUAAGACCUUUAACCAGAGCGGCAACCUCAAGACGCACCUGAAGAUCCACACGGGUGAGCGGGCGUUCUCCUGCAGCCUCUGCGGGAAGGGCUUCACGCAGAAACAGACGCUGGACACACACGUCCGCUUCCACAACAAGGAGCGGCGCUUCCUGUGCCAGGUGUGCGGGAAGGGCUUCAUGCAGGAGGUGGACCUGAAGAGACACAUGCUAAUCCACACAGGAGAGAAGCCGUACAGCUGCAGGGUCUGCGGCAAGAGCUUCCAGGCCAAACGCUCGCUCAAUGGACACCUCAAGGUCCAUGCCACUGCGGGCACCGAGCCAGGGGCGGAGCUAGACCAUCGGCGAGCUGAGCAGCAGACGACGGACAGCUUUUACCCUGGAUUCAUCCAGCUCUAA